CACAAAAACGACACAGUUUCCCUGUUUUGUACUCUCGAGAAAGCUAUCGCCGCACCGUCUGAGAAUAACAAAAAGAGAAGAAGAGUCUGAUUCUCGGAGAAGAAGAAACAAAUCCUCCACCACCACCACUUUUCUUCUUCGUCGAAUCAGUUCUCGUCUCUCUUGAAAUUCUUUACGAGAAUCUGAUACUGACGUGUAGCUAUAAAUUCCAGGUUCUGUAGGUCAGACGUAUAAUAAAAAUAAUCACGCAUGGCGUCGCUAGCUCUGACUUGUCCUCCCGCCGGCGUUAAGGCUCCGUCCUACCUUGCCUCCUCUUCUUCGUCUCUUUUCUCUCGCUCCUCGAUUUCAUUCAGCACCGUUGAGUCUCGCUCCCGAAUCUGCGUUUCCAAUUCCGCGAGAUGCAAAGCACUGAAUCUUGGAAACGGGAACGCUAGUAUUCCAAUCAUCAAUGGGACGACACUUCCAAAGUACUUUGAUUCUUCUUCCCGGUUGGAGAAACCGGUGAGUAGAGCCAACACUAAGCUCAAGCUGUUCUCUGGUACUGCAAAUCCCGCACUUUCUCAGGAAAUUGCUUGGUAUAUGGGCUUGGAGCUUGGCAAGAUUAGCAUCAAGAGGUUUGCUGAUGGGGAGGUCUACGUUCAGCUCAAAGAGAGUGUUAGAGGCUGCGAUGUCUUCUUGGUGCAGCCUACUUGCACUCCUACGAAUGAGAAUCUCAUGGAGUUGUUGAUCAUGGUGGAUGCUUGUCGAAGAGCUUCCGCUAAGAAAGUAACGGCCGUGAUUCCCUAUUUUGGAUACGCAAGAGCUGAUAGAAAGACACAAGGGCGUGAAUCCAUUGCUGCCAAACUGGUUGCCAAUCUUAUUACCGAAGCUGGUGCGGAUCGGGUUCUUGCAUGUGAUCUUCAUUCAGGACAGUCAAUGGGUUAUUUUGACAUACCUGUAGAUCAUGUUUAUUGCCAGCCUGUGAUACUUGAUUAUCUUGCUAGCAAGUCAAUUUCCUCCGCAGAUUUGGUAGUGGUUUCUCCUGAUGUUGGUGGAGUUGCCAGGGCACGUGCAUUUGCCAAGAAAUUAUCUGAUGCUCCACUUGCCAUUGUUGAUAAGAGACGUCAUGGCCACAAUGUUGCCGAGGUCAUGAACCUAAUAGGUGAUGUUAAAGGCAAAGUGGCAGUAAUGGUGGAUGACAUGAUUGAUACUGCUGGAACCAUUGUGAAAGGAGCAGCUCUUUUACACGAGGAAGGUGCUCGUGAGGUUUAUGCUUGCUGCACUCACGCGGUUUUCAGUCCGCCUGCGAUAGAGCGUUUAUCGAGCGGUUUGCUGCAAGAAGUGAUAGUGACGAAUACUUUACCGGUAGCGGAGAAGAACUACUUCCCGCAGCUGACGAUAUUGUCGGUGGCUAAUCUUCUGGGUGAGACCAUUUGGCGUGUCCAUGAUGAUAGCUCCGUUAGUAGCAUUUUUCUUUGAUGCUUCCUUGGUUUUUUCUUUCUUUUUUUUUCGAUUUAAGGUUUUAGGAUCGGUUCUUUCUUCUAUUCACAGUUUCUACAGCAUGUUUUGAUCGUCUCCCUACCCACAAACUGUUGUCACUUUUCUGAGUUGUACCUUUUUAUUUUUAUUUAUUAGCCUAGAAUUAUCAAUAAGUGUAAUAAAUUGUGGAGUUUUGAUUCCAGUUUCCGCACUUGGUACAUUAUUUAUAUUGAAAAAGAGUUGUCA